UAAUAAAAAUCACAAAAUUUCAAUUUUCUUUCCCUCCGAUGGCCGAACAUCAGACGUACCAGCCGUCCCACCAGCAGCCGGGCACUCAGCCCCGCUACCAGGUUGUGAAGGCCGCCACCGCAGCCACCGCUGGUGGCUCCAUGCUCAUCCUCUCCGGCCUCAUCGUCGCCGGAACCGUCAUCGCUCUGACUAUUGCGACGCCGCUGCUCGUCAUUUUCAGCCCGGUUCUCGUCCCGGCGGUGAUCACGGUGUCGCUUCUCAUAAUGGGCUUCUUGGCCUCCGGUGGGUUCGGGGUGGCUGGCAUUACCGUCUUUUCAUGGGUUUACAGGUAUGUGACAGGGAAGCACCCACCAGGAGCAGACCAACUAGACCAAGCCCGACACAAGCUGGCAAGUAAAGCUCGAGAGAUGAAGGACCGAGCGGAGCAAUUCGGACAGCAACACACCACUGGGUCUCAAACUUCCUAAGCCAGCCAGCCAGCCAGCCAGCCAUCCUCGUACCAACACCAAAUUUAAUGUCUUCCUCUUUGUCGGUCGUUGUGCGUUGCCUUUUCGAGUCUCUUCUUUGUUAAUGUCGCUAUAAAAAGCUUCCAGCUUUCUCAGCUCUUGUAAUGGAUUAUCUAUUUUCUUCC